CGCAUGUCGACACGACGAAAGUCCACUCCACCAUUUCCACCAUUAUGGCGUCAACCAAUCCUCGCAGAAAAUGACGAAAUCUCUAAAAUUCUCGUGGAAGGCUUCAGUCCACAAACAGGACGGUUGUUGGAGAAUUGUGGAAUCGAAGAGAAAAUGGCAGGGGAGGAGAUGCCUAAACAGAGCAGUGAAAGGAGAAGAAGUAGAGCUGGUUUGAAUCUGCAUGCGAACUUCAAUGGUGGAGUCGUUCUCCUGCUCGGCGCCGCAGCCGGAGCGCUAUUGGCAUCGGCGUUUGCCGCUCAUCGGAUUCGUGCGCAUAAAAGGAGAAGAGGAUCGAUGAAGGAGGGGAUUCAGGGGGAUUCUGGCGAUGAUCUUGCUGCCCUUGAAGCAAAGGAGUUCGUUGGUGAUGAAGGAGGGGAGGGGGAUGGAGCUAAUGCAGGAGAGGGAGUAUUUCAGGUGAAUUCUCACGACAAACUCGAUGCAAGUGUUCAAAUUUCUCAAGUUGAUCAAAGAGAAAUAGAUUUUUGUUUACUGGAAGAAGGGAAAGGAGAAGUUGAGGAGAGAAGCUCGACAAUAGAUAUCGAGCUAGUUGAUCGAGAACGAGGAGAACUAGCUGGUCAUAGAGAAUCGAGUGCAGAUAUUAGUUCUUCUCCAGCGAAUACCUUCCACAAUUUGGGAGAAAAACAAUUAGUCUAUGAUGAGGCUGCUAGCGUCAAAGAAGAGUGCAAAGCUUCAUGUGUAAAUUGCGAAGAGGAUGAUGAGGAAGAUAACGAAAAGGCUUACAUAGAGGAAUUGGACGAGAGGGAAGAAAUUUACGACUAUUCGGACUUGCGUUCAGAGCAACCUAGAUUACUCGAGGUAAUUACCUUAAAGACAAAGUAUUAAAUUUUUUAUAACCAAUUAGAUAAAUCAGGGAGGACCAAGUGCAUGAAACUCUUUUCAGAUGAUUUGGUUAAAAUUUUAGUUCUGUAGAUGCUCUUCAUUAUUAAGUCUUAAGAAAGAAGUUUUAGUUUAGGGUGUUUUCAAUUGAGGUGUUAACGGAUAUGAGGAUUUGGAUCUAGUGUCAUAACGGAUAAUUGUUUUUUGUAUUGAAGUUUGAAGUGGUUAGUGCUUAUUCAUAUAAGCUUUUGGGUUGAAUAUGUAUUUGAACAAUGGUGGAUCUGCCUCAACUUUGACCCUUUUUUUGUUUAUUCCUUCUAACAUGAGGUGGUGAUAGAGAUGCUUAAGCUAUUUUAUGUGUUGGUGAGCUAAUGAAGUGUUGGCAUUAAAGGUUGAUGUGCGGGUUGAUUGGCAAGGGUGGAUGUAUGGUCUAUACAAUGUAGAUAAAGGCACGCUAGUCUCUUCAAAUGGAGAUUGUAUUAGGUUAUUUAAAGAGAAAUAAAUUUAUGCUAGUUCUUGAAAUUAGCACCUACCAAAAAGAGCAUUUAAAAUCAACUGAUGAGAGUAAAGUCAGACAAAGACUAUCCAAUAAGCAAAAUUUGUGUUUCCCUUAGGGUUAGAUAGGUUGGUGAUGAGGACAUCGUCAGAUAUUUCGACACAUGUACCAUCAGGAGACGUCGGAGAUCAACGGCCACGAUCAUGAGUUUUAUUUUGAGUCAUUUUAUGUAGUAGUUUAUUUGAUUUUUAUGUUUUUCCGUUUUUGCCCUUAUGGGUAUUUAGUCGUUAUUGU